GGGAGGCAGGGGAUCGGCUCGCAGCUGCAGGCUGUUGGCUGCGUGCUUAGGUUUCGGACCGCAGUGGGAACAUCGGCGGCAGGGGGAGAGCGUUCGAGUGCGCGGGGAGAAUCGAGGCCGUUUUUGUGAUGCGCCCAGGGGGAGAGCUAUAAAGGGCGCAACUUGAUUUGCACGAGAACAUGGCAGAGUGGGCCAGAUGCAAAUGGCAGCGCAUGUUUUCUGCAGAAGGCAAUAAUGAUGUCACCUUCCAGCAGCCGGGCAAGACCACCAGUAAACACAGGAUAGUUAUACCAUGUCUGGGGCAUUUUAAGGAAGAAUACGAAAAAGUAUCCCGCCUGUAUAAAACCAACAGAAUACGGACUACAAAGUACCGAAUUUGGAACUUUUUACCGAAGAACAUAUUCGAACAGUUUCACAGAGCUGCCAAUUUAUAUUUCUUAUUUAUAGUUCUGCUGAACUGGGUUCCAGUGGUGGAAGCUUUCAGGAAAGAAAUCACCAUGAUCCCUCUCGUGGUGGUUCUCACGAUUAUUGCUGUGAAAGAUGGUGUCGAGGAUUACGCAAAAUACCAGUUGGACAAACAAAUAAACAACAUAGUGACUCAGGUCUAUUGUAGACAUAAAAAGGCAUAUGUUGAGAAGUACUGGAAAGAUGUUAAAGUAGGUGAUUUUAUUCGACUGUUGUGUAAUGAGGAGAUUCCCGCUGACAUGGUGUUGAUAUAUACUAGUGAUGGAGAUGGAGUCUGUCACAUUGAAACAGCAAGCCUUGAUGGAGAGACCAACCUGAAACAGAGACAAGUUGUGAGAGGAUUUGGCGAGCAGGAAACGGAAGUUGAUCCGGAACAUUUCGUAAGCACGAUAGAGUGUGAGGCCCCAAACAAUGAUCUUACCAGGUUCCGGGGGUUUAUUGAGCACCCAGAUCAGGAACGAGUGGGCCUGAGCAAGGACAACUUGCUCAUGAGAGGAUGCACCAUCAGAAAUACAACAGUUGUUGUUGGCCUUGUGGUGUACGCAGGUCACGAAACCAAGGCAAUGUUAAACAACACGGGGCUCCGGUACAAGCGAAGUAAGCUAGAGAAGAGCGUAAACAGAGACAUCAUCUGGAGUGUUCUGCUUCUAUUUGUGAUGUGCUUGACAGGGGCCGUGGGUCAUGGAUUUUGGCUAGGUGCCCAUCCAGACCCACCUCUCUAUAGUAGCGGAAGGCAACUUUCUCCAGAACUGGGAGGAUUUAUUAUGUUCUGGACAAUGAUCAUUUUAUUGCAGGUUUUGAUCCCAAUUUCUCUUUAUGUCUCCAUUGAAUUUGUCAAAUUGGGGCAAAUCUAUUUUAUCCGGAAUGAUCUUGAUUUGUACGAUGAACCGACAGACACCAGGAUUCGGUGUGGUUCACUGAAUAUUGCUGAAGACCUUGGGCAGAUUGAGUACGUUUUCUCUGAUAAGACCGGAACCCUCACUGAGAACAAAAUGGUUUUCCGGAGAUGCAGCAUUGCGGGGAUGGAAUAUGGUCAUGAAGAGAACGCUAAGAGGCUGGAAUCAUACCUAGAGUAUUAUGAAGAGGAAGAAGAAGAAGAAGGACUACGUGCUUCAUAUUCCUCUUUGAGGCAUCCGUCAAAGUUUACCACCUCCAAAUCGGGUUAUUUCCAGAGUGCAAAGUCUUUGAGCCGCUUGUUUAGUUCCACCUCUGGCUUGCGAGCUAGUGUAUCACGCACAACACAAAUGGCGUUCAGCAGCCCAAUUGAGACUGAUGUUGUGCCAGAUGAACGCCUUGAAAAGAAGUUGAGGAGGGUCACUUUCAAAUCCUAUACAACAUCGGAGGUGAUAGGGCUAACCCCAGAGACAGUGUACAUCGCUGAAUUCUUCAUUGCUCUGGCAGUUUGCAACACGGUCGUUGUUUCAUCGCCUGAUCAACCACCGCGAAAGAGGCGAUGGAAUCCAAAAACCCGAGUUCCCACUUCACACUUAAUGGACCUGAAGCAUAUUUUCCAUAAGUUAUCUGCCCGAAAAAUAAGCCCCACCUCUGCUCGAAGCUCAGGUACGGGUGAAUCAGAGUCUGAUAGCCUGCGUUCACACAAACUGUCCAUUUUCCGUGUGAAGUUUCCGUCAUCUCUUUCGGAUCGCAGCUCUUCAUCCGGAAGCCCAACCAGCUCCAUAGCUUCAGCGCACGCCGAAAUGUCACCCAGAACCGGGCCUGGGUCAUCUCCUGAAGGCGAUCUGUUCUAUGAAGCAGAGAGCCCUGACGAAGCGGCCUUGGUUUACGCUGCCAAGGCUUACCAAUGCCGUUUGCAGUCCAGGAGUCCCGAGGUGGUGACGGUAAACUUGGAACCUUUGGGACUGUUGACAUUUCAGCUGCUGCACAUCUUGCCUUUCGAUUCCGUCCGCAAACGGAUGUCCAUUGUGGUGAGGCACCCCAUUUUGAACCACAUCGUCUUGUACACCAAAGGAGCAGACUCUGUCAUAAUGGAUCUGCUGGAAAAAGAACAAACAGGUAUUAAAAAGAUUGACGCGCAGAUGCAAAGAAUUAAGAGCAGAACUCAGAUGCAUUUGGAUGAGUAUGCUGCACAAGGACUGCGCACUCUCUGUGUAGCUAUGAAGGUGUUGAGUGACGAGGAAUAUAACGAAUGGUUAAAAGGACAUUAUGCCGCAGAACACAGCAUAGAGUGCCGGGAUGAUAUGCUCCUUGAGUCGAUGCAGAGGCUUGAGAACAAAUUAACACUGCUUGGUGCCACCGGGAUUGAAGACCGAUUGCAGGAAGGUGUUCCAGAAACCAUAGAUGCACUCCGAAAAGCAGGAAUUAAAAUCUGGAUGCUGACUGGUGAUAAAAGUGAGACAGCCAUCAACAUAGCACAUUCCUGUAAAUUACUGGCGCCAACUGAUACCAUCUUCGUCCUGCAGUCUGAUCACCUGGAUUCCUGUUCGUUGAAUAUAGACAAGAUUUUGGAUGAGAUCAAGUGGAAAGAAAACUAUGAGGCAAACCAUUUGAGAGUCCCAAACUCAUCGCUUGGUCCAAUUCCACAGUUCACUGCUUCCCUAGUUGUAGAUGGAGCUACAUUAGAAUUUGCCUUGCAUGACAGCAUGGCGAGGAAGUUCCUGCAGCUCACAGCACGUGUACGGGCUGUCAUCUGCUGCCGAGCCACCCCUCUGCAGAAGAGCAAAGUGGUAGGAAAGAUCCGAAAGGAACUGAAGGUGAUGACAAUGGCUGUAGGUGAUGGUGCCAACGAUGUUAGUAUGAUCCAAGUUGCUAAUGUUGGAAUUGGAAUCUGUGGCCAAGAAGGCAUGCAGGCUGUGCUGGCAAGUGAUUUUGCGAUUUCUCGGUUCAGACAUCUCAACAAGCUGCUGUUCGUACACGGCCACUGGUGUUACACGCGAUUAGCGAACAUGAUCCUUUACUUUUUUUACAAGAAUUUGGCAUAUGUAAACCUCCUGUUCUGGUUCCAGUUCUUCUGUGGGUUUUCAGGAACAGCCAUGACCGACUACUGGAGUUUGAUUUUCUUCAAUUUGCUCUUCACAUCAGUACCACCUGUCAUUUACGGUGUUUUGGAGAAAGAUGUCUCCGCAGAAGUCCUGUUGUACUUGCCAGAACUUUACAAAGCUAGUCAGAGAAAUGAGCCAUACCUGUUUUCAACCUUCAUAAUCAACUUAUUAGAUGCUUUUUACCAAAGUCUAGUUUGCUUUUUUAUCCCUUACUGGACCUACAGUGGCUCUGAUAUAGACCUCUAUUCUUUUGGGUGUCCUAUUAACACCUCCAUGUUUUUUACAAUAUUGUUACACCUCGUGAUUGAAAGCAAAUAUGUGAAUGUGGUGCACUUCUCUAUUCUAGCUGGUAGCGUCCUCCUGUUCUUCAGCGUUAUUGGGACGCUUGGAGCUACCUGCCUCUUCUGCAACCCACCAGCCAAUCCAUACUGGGUACUUCAGACACAUUUGUCUUCUCCAAGGUUUUAUCUGGUGUGCACACUUGCGACUCUUUUGGCUCUUCUUCCAAGGUAUUUGUUCAGGGUGCUCCAGACCACAGUAUUUCCAACUCCACUGAUAAAGGCCAAGAACUUGGAAGGUCGGGUCCUUACAGGACGGAGGAGUCUGCUGCGCAAUGCAAGUGUAGCCCAUCGUGAUGGGUAGAAUUGAUCACCAAGGGACAAAUGGGGAUUCUGGGUCUGCUAAUUCUGAAGACUCAGCAAAAGAAAACAACAUCAAGUGUUGUGGUUUGUUGCUGUUGCCAAUACAGUUAGUGCCGUUUUGUAAUAAUGUUGGAGACAGCAUGAACAGGCACCCAAGGCACAUCUGAAAAUGGCGGCAGGCUGAGUUGUGAGGGCACUGAAAUGUUUAAGCCCCUCAAAGGAAUUCUAUUCCAUCACAUAUGGAGCUAGUGAUUCUUAAGCUGGAGGGUUAGACUUUACUUCUGAAGAAGACCACACUGAUAUUUUCUCUCGUGAAUAAGGCUGAUUUGGAUUCUGCCUAGGGCAUAUAGGAGGGUCUAAAACACUCUGCCAAAAAUAGUGUUAUUUAUGCUUUAAUGUCCAAAAGAGGAAGGGUAGUACAUUUAAAUGAUCUUUCUCACAUGACUUUUCUUUUUUAUAUGAAAUUCAAGCCACCACCCACUGCUUGUGCUUUUUUUAAUAUACAAAAAAGUACUUAGAAUAAUUUGUUCAAGAUAUAAGCAAACAAAGAAAUGCUGUCCCUUGUUCCACAAUGGAUAAAUCAUUUCAUAUAAGCCUUGAUAGCAUGGAAGAGAUAUUUAAGCCUGGUCAGACAAAGAGGUUUGGGGAUUACUGAAUUUUGACUUUAUCCUUUCUACUGUUAUUAUAAUGUUUGUUUCUGGGGCAGUCAAUGUUAGAGCAGCUUUGUCUAACAAGAUGCACAAUAGUUCCCUCUGAAAAUAAGCUGUGCAAAACCUGAAUCACUUUCAUAAUAAAACAGUAUUUGUAACUCUUCAUGGAAGCAAGAUUCAUAGAUGAUAGGGGCCACUUCUCUGGAGAAUAAAGGAUGCAGGAAAGACAUUUCUACACAAGCACAGCAUUUUUGUAUAUAUGAUGAUUAUGUGAAUGUGAGAAACUGUCCGCUUUUAUUUCCUUAUGGAAGGAAUACUGUUAAAUUUGUUCUUUUAGAAAUGAAUAUUUGUACUGUAAACAGUGUGUGGUGCGGCUCCUCUUUUCCUUCCCUCUGCAAACAGAUUGGUGUUUUCAGAUAACAGACUUCUCACUACCCUUGCUUAAAAGAAUGUUCCAUAAAAAACUGAUGUUAAAAUGUUUAGGAUUUGGGGGUGGGGUGAUUCUGUUGGUUCAGUACUCUGCUAGGCACACAGCUAAACAGAACAUAUUCUGAAUUAAUUUACCAAGGUUCUAAAGAAAUCCCUGAGAGGAUGAAAGCACUGCAUAGGUAAUCAAAACACUUCUAAACAAGAUUCACUGCACAAAUUUCCUUUCUGCAUCAUAUCCCUUUAUGUUAAGAGAAAGACUUUCCAUUUAGUCCACAUGUGAACCAUUCUGACACAGCUUUACCUGUAGCUCAGACCUUUUGGGGAGGGUAGCCUGAUUUUAACUAUAAUUACUGUUAUCUGCAGCUGAACCCACUUAGCAUUCCCCAUCAGAGCUAAAAUACUGGUUUCUUUCAGCUGGCAUUCAAGAUUGCCUUGCCAUAACAAAUAGUAAUCUCUAUUCAAUAUGCAACUGUAUUUUCCAGGAUAAUGACCCCAGGUUACCAUGACCUAAUUUUGUGUCACUGUGUCCAAUUAAAACAUGCUCUUUCUGCUGUGCUCUCCACAAUGCAUGUGGAGAUCUAUAAACACCAAAUAUUGAAAGUACUGGUUUCUAAUCAUGUGUCACAAUUUUUAAGGCAAGGGUAGGAACUUUUUGGCGCUAUGCAGAUCUUUAUCUCCUGCCCACUUCCCCAUGCCAACUUCGGCAGGCAGGUGGGCCCUGUCAAUCAGCUGAUGCCAUAGUGGCAUGUGAUUGACAUCUGCCACAGCCCAGCACUAAUUGCCCAACUAUCAGUUGAGUGUCAAAAGGCCCUUUUUCAGCCAAGCCCUGCCCUUAGCUGCUGUGUAAGACUGGUGCAUGUGACUUGGCUGACCCAAUGAGGAGGCCUGGUGGGGCCAAAUUUGGCCUGCAGGACAAGAGGUUCCCUGCCCAUUUUAAGGCUUAUUUACAGUGCAUGACAUGGAAUAAGUCCCAUGGGAUUCAGUCCAACCUAUUUUUGAGUAACCACACAAAGCACUGCACUGCAUCCUUCCAUGCUGCUGGUGCCCCUCUUGUCUAACAGCAGUGAAAGAUGCCUGCUUCAUAGGCAUCUUUCCAUUCUUGGAAGGAAAAAUGAGUGCCAGUUCCCUGGCUUAAGCUCUAGAACAGGCAUGACAAACCUGCGGCCCUCCAGAUGUUUUGGCCUACAACUCCCAUGAUCCCUAGCUAGCAGGACCAGUGGUUGGGGAAGAUGGGAAUUGUAGUCCAAAACAUCUGGAGGGCCGCAGGUUUGACAUGCCUGCUCUAGAAGUUUCCAUGCACAUAUGCAGAUCCUGUAAUUGUGACUGGACAGACCACCGCUCAAGAGACAAAAGUAAGCAAUCUAUUUUAAGUCAUGGAACCUGAAUCAUACGAUCACUCCGUACAUGAGCACCAUUCAUCAUUCACCACUGGCAAAAGAAGGAAGCGUGUACAGUACUUGAUUUCGAUAACCCUGCAUAAUGGCAUUUUUCCACAUGCUACUCAAGCAACAAACUUAAACUGGUCGCAGUUUUUAAAGCUGAUAACGUGAUUUUGCACUAACC